CGGAUCCGCGUUACGCGCGAAAUACGCCGCAGACGGGCGAAAUAAAAUCGCGAGGGAAAAUUCCUUCGCCUUUUUGCCGGCCCCCCCGCUUCACCCGGGCGCCAUUCCUCAUCGCUGUUGUUGCUCCCCGCGCUGCGAGAUUUCCUAACGUCGAUCGAGUUUACGGAGAAAAAGUCACAGUAAAAAAAUGGCAAACGAACCUGAUAUGCCAACCUUCAAGUGCGUCCUCGUCGGCGACGGCGGUACCGGCAAGACCACUUUCGUCAAACGUCAUCUGACCGGUGAAUUUGAAAAGAAGUACGUCGCCACUCUAGGAGUCGAGGUCCAUCCGCUCAUCUUCCACACCAAUCGUGGACCGAUACGUUUUAACGUCUGGGACACGGCCGGUCAGGAAAAGUUUGGUGGUCUUCGGGACGGCUACUAUAUUCAGGGACAGUGUGCCGUGAUCAUGUUCGAUGUUACAUCCAGAGUGACGUAUAAGAAUGUACCCAAUUGGCACAGAGAUCUGGUCCGUGUCUGUGAAAACAUACCAAUUGUUCUCUGCGGUAACAAAGUUGACAUAAAAGAUAGAAAAGUAAAGGCCAAGAGCAUCGUGUUUCACAGAAAGAAGAAUCUACAGUACUAUGACAUCAGUGCAAAAAGUAAUUACAACUUCGAAAAACCUUUCCUGUGGUUGGCACGCAAGUUGAUCGGAGAUCCCAAUUUGGAAUUUGUUGCUAUGCCUGCAUUAUUGCCGCCGGAAGUUACUAUGGAUCCACAAUGGCAGCAACAGAUCGAGAAAGAUCUCAAGGAAGCUCAAGAAACGGCAUUACCGGAAGACGACGAAGAUCUUUAAUUUAUUUAACACAGCAAAUGGCCUUUACGGAGAGUAAGGCCUACUGUACGAGUGCCCCUUGGGUGUAUCGCGCACUCGUGUUUCUUCAUAUAGAAAUCGAAGAUUCUUUCUUUCAAGAAAGUAAUAAUUGCAUAAUUUCCAAAAGCAAUAUUUAGUUCAAUAAACAUUCUGGAUACAUAAUGAUUUGAUGAUUUUAUACUAUCAUUAUCGUUGUAGCCUUAAAGAUGGGUCACUUGAGAUGCGAAAUACGCACAUGUGUGAUUGUGUAUGCAAACCUACCUACACUUGAAUGUUUAGAUUUUGUAAAAUUCUCACAUAUAAGGGGAAGAUGAUGACAUAUAAAUUUAUAAAUUAAAACUGGAGUAAAGUUAAGGAGCAAAGGUGAAACAAUUUGUGAUACCAGUUUAUAGAAUACAGCCUGCUGAAACUGUUGAACGUGAUGUAAUAUGAAACAUCCAAUCCGAAUGAAUUCUCUACAUUUUUUGAUUCGCUCGCUUGUAUAAAUGUGCGUGCGUGCGUGUGUAUGUACAUAUAUACGUAAGAAAUGGGAUUGUGCUGAAAGACGUGCUGUAUAUUAGACACAAUCGCGCUAACCCACUUUAAGGCAUAUCUAAACUAACAUUGGUUUUUUUAAGUUUUGUCUUUAUACUUUUCUGACAUAAAGUAUAAAAUACAAACUGCCAAUUCUGAAAUAGAUGUAUACAAUAGUUCGGCAUGAAAUGUGAUUAGUUUACAAGAAAGAAUCUUGCGAUAAGCGUACAAUUGCAAAUUUUUAUAAGCAAAAGAUGAAUGUACGAUUUGUUCAACUUAAAUUAUAUAAACAGUGUUUUUUUUUUCUAUACAAGAACCGUUUUGUUAAGAAUAUGUGAAACUGUUAACCCACCUUUUUAAAUCAUUGUUCCCACUAACUAAUGGAAGAAAUGAGUCACGUGUAAAUUACACCGCUGAAUUUUUAGUAUAGAAAGGAAUUAGAGGAAUGACAUUGCAGCAUGUACAUUUAAUUCUUGUACACUUCUAAUAGUGUUUCAUUAUUCUGCUUAAAGCAGAUUGUACCGCGCUGAUGUAUGAACUUUAAUAAAUUAUGAAACUGUUUUUAAAGCUAUAA